ACUAUCUAUUCCAACGAACCCCUUUUUCAGCUGAAAGCAGGGUGGCCAUGGGGAAUAAUAAUAUCCUCUUCUCUGUACUCACUUAUACCUUUGUUAUGUUCCCACUGGCUCACGUACUCACUUAUGCCUUUGUUAUGUUCCCACUGGCUCACGCAAAGCUAUCUCAAUAUUCUGACGCUUACUUAACGGAAACAAUGUCAUAUGGAAUGGGCAUUCAUUUGUUUGUUUGUUGACAGAGAAAAUGGGCAGGUGUAGCUGUGCUUUGCUUUGGAUUGUAGUAAUUUCUUUGGCUUUCUUUUUUCCACCAGCAGAAUCUUGGGGUAAGGAGGGCCAUUCUGCUGUUUGCAAGAUUGCUCAGUCCCGUCUAAAUAAAGCAGCAGCAGAUGCAGUGCAGAAACUGCUUCCAGACUAUGCAGAAGGUGAUCUUGCAUCUGUUUGUUCCUGGGCUGAUGAGGUUAAAUAUUUGGCCAAAUACCGCUGGAGUAGUCCGUUGCACUUCAUUGAUACACCAGAUCUCAAGUGUAACUAUGAGUAUUCUAGGGAUUGCCACAACACACAAGGAGAAGAAGGCAUGUGCCUUGCAGGGGCUAUCAAUAAUUACACUGCCCAGCUUGCAACAUAUGGCAAAUCGUCUGAUGCAACAUAUAAUUUGACUGAAGCAUUACUCUUUCUGUCACACUUUGUAGGAGACAUCCAUCAGCCUCUGCAUUGUGGAUUUUCUGGAGAUUUAGGUGGAAACACAAUAAUCCUACAUUGGUAUGGACAAAAAUCUAAUUUGCAUCAUGUAUGGGAUACGCUGCUCAUUGAAACAGCACUCAAGGACUUUUAUGACUCCGACCUUGCUCUUUUCACACAAGGACUUCAGACAAAUAUAACCGAUAGUUGGUCAAAUGAUGUGUCAACAUGGGAGAAAUCCAGCACAAAAGGGCUUGCUUGCCCAAAUCCGUAUGGAAUGGAAAGCGUUGGUCUAGCUUGCAAUUGGGCGUACAAAGAUGCUCCUGCUGACAGUGUUUUGAAGGAUGAUUAUUUCCUCUCUCGUCUGCCUGUCAUUGAAGAACAACUUGCAAAAGGAGGUGUGAGGUUGGCUGCAACUCUAAACCGCAUUUUUUGAUCAAGUCAUCCAGACAGGGGAGCAAUAUGACUAUAAAAUUAUCACUAGAUUUUCACACUCGAUUCCAUGUUUUCUAGAGAUAUGCCAUUGUUUUAUUCUGUAAACCACUUAACUAUACACUUCCAAGAAAAUGGGUAUAUUGUUUUAUUCUGUAAAUUACUUAACUAUACACUUACAAGUAAAUGGGUAUAUGAUUUCUACUUUGCA